CAAGUGUUUCCCAAUAGCCUGAGCUAUGAAUAUGCGAAUGUCAGUGAUGCGGGUCACAGGUGGCCAGCUGAGGAGGGGUGAGGACUGUGGGUUCCCUCGUACUCUCACUCGUCUCAGCACUCCAUCUUGGCGAGAGAGGCCUGGGAUCCUGUGAACCCACGAUGGGUAACAAGGAUUCCCCAAAGGCAAGUUAUGGCUCCAUCUCCAGCUUGCCAAGCCCAGGGCCAGCACAGUUACCUCCUGGAGGGACCCCCCUGAGUGAAAAGAUCCCCAUCCCUGAUGUGGAACUGGGCACAUUCAGCCUGCGGAAGCUGUGGGUCUUCACCGGGCCUGGCUUCCUCAUGAGCAUCGCUUUCCUGGACCCAGGCAACAUUGAGUCAGACCUCCAGGCUGGCGCCGUGGCCGGAUUCAAACUGCUCUGGGUCCUGCUCUGGGCCACCGUGUUGGGCUUGCUGUGCCAGCGACUGGCCGCCCGGCUAGGUGUGGUAACAGGAAAGGACCUGGGUGAGAUCUGCCACCUAUACUACCCUAAGGUGCCCCGGAUCCUGCUCUGGCUGACUAUCGAGCUAGCCAUCGUGGGCUCCGACAUGCAGGAGGUCAUUGGCACGGCCAUCGCGCUCAGUCUGCUCUCAGCCGGACGAAUUCCACUCUGGGGUGGCGUCCUCAUCACCAUCGUGGACACCUUCUUUUUCCUCUUCCUGGAUAACUAUGGACUGCGGAAGCUGGAAGCUUUUUUCGGACUCCUCAUUACCAUCAUGGCCUUGACCUUUGGGUAUGAGUAUGUGGUGGCGCAGCCAGAGCAGGGGGCACUUCUUCGCGGCCUGUUCCUGCCUUCAUGCUCUGGGUGCAGCCAGCCCGAGCUGCUGCAGGCUGUGGCCAUCAUGGGCGCCAUCAUCAUGCCCCACAACAUCUAUCUGCACUCGGCCCUUGUCAAGUCCCGGGAGAUAGACCGGACCAGCCUUGUGACCAUCCGGGAAGCCAACAUGUACUUCCUGACAGAGGCCACCUUCGCUCUCAGUGUCUCCUUCAUCAUCAACCUCUUUGUCAUGGCUGUCUUUGGGCAGGCCUUCUACCAGCAGAGCAACCAGGCUGCGCACAACUUGUGUGCCAAAAGCAGCCUCCAUGCCUACGCCAAAGUCUUCCCGCAGAACAACGACACAGCCUCCGUGGACAUUUACCGAGGAGGUGUCAUCCUGGGAUGCAUCUUCGGCCCCGCAGCCCUCUACAUCUGGGCUGUGGGUCUCCUGGCAGCCGGGCAGAGCUCCACCAUGACCAGCACCUACGCUGGACAGUUCGUGAUGGAGGGCUUCCUGAAAUUGCGGUGGUCUCGAUUUGCCCGCGUGCUCCUCACCCGUUCCUGCGCCAUCCUGCCCACUGUGCUCGUGGCCAUCUUCCGGGACCUGCAGGAUCUCUCUGGCCUCAAUGACCUGCUCAACGUGCUGCAGAGCCUGCUGCUGCCCUUUGCUGUCCUGCCCGUUCUCACCUUCACCAGCAUGCCUGCCCUCAUGCAUGAGUUUGCCAAUGGCCGACUGAGCAAGGCUCUGAGCUUCGGCAUCAUAGCGCUGAUCUACGCCAUCAAUCUCUACUUCGUGUUCACAUACCUGUCCAAGCUCCCUCACCCUGCUUACUGGGGCCUUGUGGCUCUGCUGGCUGUGACCUAUCUCGGCCUCACCACUUACCUGGUCUGGACUUGCUGCCUCGCCCAGGGAGCAAUGUUCCUGGCCCACAGCUCCCACCAGCGCUUCCUCUACCGACUCCAGGAGGAGGAGCGGCUGGGGAACCGGGCCGCCUCUGGAUGAACCCUCAUGAGAG